AUGAGAAUUCAACAACAAGAAGAAAACAACAAUAACAACCAACAAGACAAUUCAAUUCUAUUAAAUAGAAUUAAAGAACUUGAAGGUCAAUUGGGUGCCAUUCAAAACUUAUUAACUACAAUGGUCGUAGCACAAAAGGGUGGUGAGCAACAAGCUGUUCCAAAUGUAAACAACGAUGGAGAAGUCUUUUCAACUGAUGUGCAGUCAUCCACUACUUCGGUCAUGAAGAUGAAGAAGAAAGAUGAAGUAGAAUCCAAUGAUGAAUUGGAGGAAGAACAACCAAAUCAAGAUGGAAAGAAGAAAGGAUUGACCAAAGAAGAAAGAAUCAGUAUGAGAAACCAAAGAAAACAACAUAAAUUGGCAUCCAAGCAAACUAGACAUUUGGAACGUCUCCAAAAAAAGGAGGAAAAGGUAUUGGUCAAGUAUGAAAGAAAGAGUCAUCGUAUUGCUCCAAAACCAGUCGCAGUUGCAGUUGCACCUGUCGUCGAACCAGUCCAAGUAGUCGUAGCAAAACCAGCAGAGCCAGCUGUCAUUGUCAAUGUCAAAGUUGACCCAAUUCAAGAAAAGAAGAUGGCCAAGUUAAAUCAAAUCUACUCUAGAUACGUUGCCAAAGUAAACAAGAAAAACUCAAAGCAAAGAGAUGGAUUUGUCUCUGUUAGAACCCCAAUCUUAUCAUUUGACGAUUGGAUGAAUACCAGAAAGAUUCAUUGUCAAAAGGUACCAAGAACCGAAAGACAAAGAUCUUCCUGUAGAUCAACCAAAAUCAAUCCAUCUGCUUAA